AUCAGUUUUAUAGUGAAUCUAGGGAUUCUAACCGUUACUGUAAACAUUAAAGCGAGUGCCGGAUAAACGUGUUUUUGAUCGGCAUUCAAAAAUAUAAAAAAAUCUAAAACAAUACUGAUUGUCAUUUUAAUUAAUAUGGAUAAUAAUCUUCCAGAUUUAAAAGUAAAUGAAACUGCCAAAGAAGGCAUAUCUGAUUUAGACAAAUUAACACAAUCAUAUUUAUUGUUAAAAAAAAGAAUAUCUGGAACUCAUGAAUUAAUUAAAAGAUAUAAUGAUAAGUUAAAAGAAUGUGAUAGAUUAAAGCAAGAGGUAGAUACAUUAAAUAAACAAACAAAAGAAGUGACAUGUAAUUAUAAUUCUAGUUUAGCAAAAAUUAUUAAAUUAGAACUUCAAAAUACAGAGUAUAAGAAAAACAUUGAAACUUUAAGUACACAAGUAAAUGAUCAUAAUAUAAAAACAUCAGCUGAUCAACAAUAUAUACAACAAUUAAUCUGUAAAAUAAAAGAUAUAGAAGAAAAUCAGAAUGACAAAAUAAUGCAAUAUGACUUAGAAAAAUCUUCACUUCAAGUAAGAAUCAAAGAAUUGGAACAGGAAUUAAAAACUGUUAAAAAAUCAUACGAUAUGAAAAUGAAGAAAAUAGAAAAGAAAUUAUCUACAGAAUGUGAAAAUAAAACAAAAUUAAAAGAUAUUGGAAUCAAUACAACAUUGACUAAAGAUACAAUAAUACAAAAACCAGAAGUCACUGAAAAAUCUGUAUUAACCGAUGAAUUUUAUAAUGUCAAAAGUGAUUUAUAUCCUGUAUUUUGUAGCAAUUGCGAAAUUCUAUUAGAACCGCCUCCCCUUGAGAAAAUAUGUAAAAUUAUGAGUAAUUCAUGCCCAAAAUUGAUUGAAAAAAUCUCAUCUCCACCAAAAAGAUCUAUAUCUCCUAUAGAAAUAGAUAUAAAUAAUGAACAAUGUAAAACAGAAAAUUUACCAAUAUUGUCAGAUACUUCUUCUUCACAUUCACAAAAUCAGAAUAGUCAUAUAAAUUUUAAUUCUACAAAUCUAUUACCUCCUCAUGCAGUUUCAUUAAAUCACACAGAUUAUUGUAAUACUUUUUCUCCGACAUCGAAUUUAAUGAAUCAAAGUACUCGUUAUAUUGAAUCGAAAUCAAUUAAUUCUUUAUCAUUAACAAAUUCAAAUACAACUAAUAAUAAUACUCCUUGUGCAAAUAUUAUGACAACAGAAUCUUCUUUGGCGAUUAUUUCCUCAUUACAAAAAAGGAUUGAUACAUUAGAAAAGAAAGUAAAAAGAAAAUUGAAUAAAAAAAAAUCUGAUCAGAGUAAUAAUUGUUGCCAUAACCAUUAUCCAAAUACUUUGUCCAUGUAUGAUAUAAAUAAUUCCAUGCAAUUUAAUUUCAUUGAAUUAUGGAAGAAAAUGAUUGAAUUUUCUGAAAAGAAAAGAAAAAACAUUGAUAUGCACAAGACAUUGAAAAAAUAUAAAUUAUCUCAAUUAAAACGUAAAAGAUUGCAAAGUACAUCUACCAAUUCUUGGAAAGUUGAAUCAAUUGGAAAAAAAAUUGAACAAAGUCCCGUUCGGAAAAAAUCUAAAAAAUGUAAAUAUCGAUAUUCUUCACUUUUUAAUAAAUCGGACAACUCGUUAAAUAGAACUAAAGAUUCAGAAAAAUCAAAUAGCGAAUCUGAUGCAGACUUUGGUGAAUUUAACGAUUCUAUUAACAAUAAAACAAAUAUUAAUUCGGAAUGUGAAAGUAUAUCACAUAUAGAAAGUUCUAGUUCAUUAUCGAAUUCUAAUAAUACAGAUAUAAAUGAAGUUGAAAUAGAAACUGUACAAAAUACAGUUGAAUGUAGCAAAUCAGUAGGAGGUGAAACUGAUUCAGGAAUAUUAUCGGAUUCUAUUGAAUCUAGUAAAUUAAUACAACUUGAAGCGGAUACUGAAAUAUAUUCGGAAUUAAUAGAACAGAAAAAUCUGACAGAAAUGAAAUCUUCCAUAGAAAAUGCAUCAGAUUCUAUUAGAGAUAUUAAACUUACAAAUGAAUCUUCAAUAAAAACAGUAUCCCAUAUAGUAAAAUUUAUCGAACCAAUUGAAAAAACUAAUACUUUAGAUAUCUCGUCACAAUUCGAAGAAAAUACCCAAAAAAUUGAACAUACAAAUAUAUCAAAAACAUCGCAAUGUGAAGAAUUUGUGGCUCAAAUUGAAAUAAAUAAUUCUGAUACACAAUUAGCGAGGAAAAGAAAAAUAAAUAAUUUUCGUGAAAUAAAAAAAAUCAGUAAUCGUCAAAAAUUGUUGAAAAAAUUAAGAAAUUUAAAAAAGCGCAAUAAAGUCAUGAAUCCAUGUCAAUUGUUGACGUCAGAACAUCGAGAUUUGGAUAAUUAUGAAAAUUCUAAUAUAUCCCAAAAAAAAGAUUCUAAUAUCGAGAUAAUUAAAGAAGAUGAUUACAUACCUAAAAAGAAAUCUCGUAUUGCACACAUACCUAAAAUUGAACAUGAAAAACUAAAUGAUACUUUACAGUUUAAAAAACAAUUAAUAAAAGAUAAAACAAACAGUACUAAUUCAAACAAGGUAAAGGAAGAUAACAAUAAAUUACAGGAAAUUGAUAGUAAUAAGAUAGAACAAUCUCAAAUAAUAAUUUCAAGUAUACAUUCUAAAAAUACACAAAAUACAGAAGAUAAUUCUAUACUUGCUCCUACAAUAGUAAUUUCUGACAUUAAAAAUUCAUUAGAUAAUAUAGAUGAUAAGAAUUCAUUCAAAACAAAUAUGAAUAAUUGUGAUCAAUCUGAUAUUGUAUUCAAUAAUAUUGAUUAUAAUUUGAAAGAAACAAUUGAACCGAAUGAGAUAAAGACUGAAUCAAGUAAAUAUAAUGAACAUAAAUAUGAAAAUAAUUCUUUAAAUAUAAAAGAAAUCAACAAAAUGGAUAAUAUAAAUGAAAAAGAAUUAUUAAAUUCUAAUAAUAAGUCUUCCACUGAAAUUUUAGAAAUAAAUUAUGUAAAUGAAAAUUUAAAAACUAAAGAAAUAUCUAGUAAUGUCUUUGAAAAGGAAGAAGAUUUUAGUAUAGAACAUAAAGUGAAAAUACAUGGUCCACUUACACAUUUGAAAGAAUAUAUUGAUGAAAAUAAAUGUAAAAAUAAAAAGAGUAAAAAUGAUUAUAAAAAACUUGUACAUGUUUUUUUAAUAACAGAUAAAUUCGUGAGGAAACAGUUGCAAAGGCUUAUAGAUAGUGAUUGGCAUAAUUCCAUACAUUGGGACGUAAUUGAAAAAUUGAAAUCUACUUGUAGCGAUCGUAUUAUAGCAAAAGGAAUUAUAGAUUUCCUAAGUAUAGAACAAGAAUGUAAUAUAAGUUUAGAUAAAAAUCAUACACCACCUGCACCAUUAAUGACAAAAUCACAACAAAGGAUAUCAGCAUUAUUAGUUGAUUUAGAAAAGUCAAAAUGCAUGGCAUUUUCAUUCGUUCAGGCUGGAAUAGAGUAUAAACUUUUCAGACUUAAUCAAUCAAUAGAGAGAUAUGCUGUAGAAUCUCUCGCUAGAAUGUAUACAAUUUUAGCGCGAAUUAAAAAAGAUCGAGAAAAAAUAAGAAUAUUUUGUUGUGAUGCUUUAUAUUGUUUGGGACUUAAUGCGAUAAUUAUUUUAUACACGGUAUUUACUUGUUGGCCAGAAGUAUUUCGACAGAAUAAUGACAUAAAUACUGAAUUAUUACCAAAAUGUAUAGCACAUCUAAUCUUGAUACAACAAGGUAAAGAUUUUCCUAAACUCAAUGCCUUAAAAAACUUGGUAUCAGUAUUUUAUAAAUAUCAAAUGACGUUAUCUCAAGAUCUACUCAAAGAACUUCUAACGGCAUUUCAAAAAAAAUGUUAUGGUGAAAUAGAAACCGCAAUUAUACUCCUUGCAAAAAGAGAAGGAACUGCAUGGACGUACAAAUAUAUUAUCAAAGGUGCAUUGUUAUCAAUGAUAAUUAAUAAUAAAUUUCCUAGUGCGUAUCGAGCAUUUUGUUUACUAGGUAAUCUCAUGCGUGUAUUUCCAAUAGAAGAUAAAGAUAAUUCAGUUGGUGAAAUUGUAGAACAGUUGUGUGAUUUAAUUAAUUCUGGUGAAGGAUCGGAUGAACAAAAAGAAGGAGUUGUAUCGGCAUUAUUAAGCUUGGUGAGACAUAAAUUUGAAGAAGUGACGCAGAAUACGUUAAAAUGGAAUUCAUUUGCACCAUUGCAUGAUCGAACGAUAGAACAGAUCAAAGGAUUAUUUAAUAUGCGCGAUAUAGAUUUCUGGAAGUCUUAUUUAAAAAAAAACAAAUUAUUAGUGAAUUCUUAGAAAAUGAGAAAAAUUUAAAGCAUAAUUUUUUAAUGAAUAAUGGAAAUCGUGUGAUAUUCAUUGUAAGAUAGCUUUUAUUAAUUAAAAUUUUGUUUUUUUGUUAUUUUUCAAUAUGUUAAAAAUUUUCCUUUAAUAUUUAUAUUAUGUUAAUUUUGAAUAUCUUUGGAUUUUUGUUCGUUAAUCAAAACUUAAUAUUAAUCGUGGCAAUAAUCAUUAAUUUUCUCUUAUUUUUUUUCUAAUUUUUUUUUUUUUACAUUAAUUUAAAAAUAAUGCGAAAACAAUCUUUUUCUUGUUAUUUCUAUUUAUUUAAUUUAAAUUUUAUCGUAACAAAUUGACUCUAAUUUUAAUGCGUAGUUCCUUCUUUUUUAUUCUCUAAAGUGUACAGUAUACUAUAUGCGUAAUUUUUUUUAAAAUAUUAUUGUAUUAUGUAUGUAUAUAUCACAAACGUCAAAUAGAGGAGCAUUAGGCUCAAAUUAAUAACAUAAUUUUGAUAAACCAAAGAAGCAAUUUCAUACGCGAAAUAUGCAAGCUUCCGCAAUAUCACUUGUGAAACGUUUCAUUUAUAUUUAAGCUUCUGUGUAAAUGUUUUUAUUUUGACUUCUCAAAAAAAAAAAAAAAAAUUAGAAACAAAAAGAAAAGAUCGUUUUGUUAUAUCGUAAAAUAAAAGAUUGAUUUUCUAUG